AACAACAAAUAAGAUUUUAAACAAUUUGCGGGUGGAAUAUAUUUAAUGGGAGAGAUGACUACUCCUGUGCCGCGACGCACCAAGGAUAUGAUGGCGCUAGCGUCGGAUUCAGACUCGGAGAACGAUUUCAACACGCCAUUCCGCCCGCAGAGAUCCCGAAUCACCGUGGAGACCAAAAAACCUACGGCGGUGGCGUCGUCAUUGCAAAUUCCGGCGAGGGGCAAGGAAAACGAGCCGCAUCCGCCCUUGCGGCCCAUGGAAAUGCUACCCCGUCGAGCCUCCGAGCUGACAAUGAUGGAUUCUGACAGCGAAGAGGAGGAGGACAACAAGAGCAAUCACAACCUGAACUGCGCCAUUCUAAACGAUUCCUUUGUAAUGAGUCCCAAUCACGAAUUGACGGGCAGCAACCACAGCAUUCCAACCCGUCGAACGUCCACCACCACUGCUGCCGCUCCUCUUAAGGCAUCUGAAUCGAAUCUAUCGUUUCUGGGUCGCUUUAACAAAAUGGGCAUCAAUUGCACAGACCAGGGAUCACCUGGUGAGGAGGCGGCGGAGCAGGUGCCAGUUAAAAAGACACUCUCCACGAUCCAAGCCGUUGCGGAGAGACGUCAACUCGUGGAUGCAGCCAUCGCGGAGAGACGCCGCCUCGUGGACUCCGAGACACCGCUCCGCAAGGGAAUUUCCGCCACAUCCUCAUCCACGGUGGAGGCAAAGUCCCAUGCAAAGCCAGAAACUGAUUUUGUAACCCCUCAAGUGCGAACUUACGGAUCAAUUCAAUCGGCAAAGAGUCGAGGUCCUACGGCGGCCAAUGAGUUUCGCUCCCAGAAGGCUUUCCAAACGCCUAUGACCGUGAGUCGAGCGGCUCCAUUCCCCAGCAACAGUAUUAGUUUCUCGCUCUGCGAUACCAUCAGCGAGAGUCCCGACAUUCCGGAGCCGCCGCCAAAGCAAGAGUCAGUGAAUGGAAAAUCCAAAAAGUCUCUCGAGAGUGCGUUCACUGCGUUGGAAAAAGUCGAGCAAGUGCCCCCAAAAGUGGAGAUUACCGAAGCCAAGGAAGUGGUGGCGUCAGUACCCUCAGUUACAGCGGAUCCGGUAGUACCUUCUACAGGUGGCACCUCCUCUUCAAAAAUAUCGAAUAUACUAAAUAUAAAGAAUCACCAGUAUACGAUCGUUAAGAAACUGGGUUGUGGCGGAUCCAGUUCGGUCUAUUUAGCACGUCGCUCGGAUUCCGGAGAUGAGUUUGCGCUAAAGGUAGUGGAUCUGCAGGCCGAUCCUUUGGUGGCAGGGUAUCUCAACGAAACCCAGCUCCUUGCGAAGCUGCAGGGAAAUGUGUGCGUUGUGGCCCUUUACGAUUAUCAACUUCUGCGCGAAGAGUCCAAGCUUUAUAUGGUGAUGGAGAAGGGCGAUUGUGAUCUCAACAAGAUCCUGCAGAGCUACACCACCAAUCUGCCGUUGUAUAGCCUGACAAACAUUCUCUAUCAGAUGCUGCAGGCUGUUAACUACAUUCACCAGCAUGGCGUUAUUCACUCCGACUUAAAGCCAGCCAACUUUCUGAUGGCCAACGGACGUCUGAAGUUGAUCGAUUUUGGGAUCGCCAGCAACAUCUCGGUGGAUUCGACGAGCAUCAUCAAAUUUUCACAGGCGGGCACUUUUAACUACAUUAGUCCCGAGGCCCUAACGGACACCUCCACGGGUAACAGUCCAUUGCGGGGUGGUGGCAAUCAACCCAAGAUCAAAAUCUCAACCAAGUCGGAUGUAUGGUCGCUGGGCUGUAUUCUGUAUUUGCUGUUGUACCAGAAGACUCCGUUCGGUCACAUUCGGAACAUCUACGCCAAGAUGAAUGCAAUUGCUAGUCCGGCGACCAGCAUCGAGUAUCCUGCCAUUCCUCCCUACUAUCCUGUCAUGCUGGUUCAGAUGACCAAGAACUGCCUGCAGCUGAAUCCUAAGAAGCGCCCGUCAUGCACUGAACUGCUACAGUAUCCCUUCCACAUGAUCAUUCCUUUGCACAACCUUCAAGUCCCCUCCAGCAGGGGAGCCCCCAGCAACAAUAAUUAGCAUGUAAGCUUAAUUUGAGUUACUUAUGAGAGAGAGAAAAAAAUUAAAGAAUGAGGGCACCAAUA